CUUUCGCCAAGAUGAGCUGUGCAUCGCAUCGGGGUUACUGUACGUGCAUGUCGCAAUUCGUAUCUAAACAUGUCCCUUCUCCCUUGAAUUCAAAUAGAAUCGUGUAGACCGCAGAAUUGCUUCAUAGUGCUGGACACUGAUUUACCCCGCACCAACCCCCACCAUGGCGUCCAAAUCAACACCAGGCAUUUUGUACGUGACUAUGCAGCCCAAAGAGGGUUUGCCAGACGCGCAGUUCCACGAUUGGUACCAAAACGAACACGGCCCGAACCGUCUACGCCUCCCUUUCUGCAACAAUGGAUUCCGUUACCGCGCCACUGACCUGGAGAGCCAGCCCGGCACAAAGGACAAGCCCGAAUGGAUGGCCAUCUACGAUUUCGACGAGCUGGAAUGGCUGACGAGAGAGCCUUACACCAAGCUCCGCAGUGCACCGGUACAGUCGCAAAGGGAACGCGACACCAUGAAGCAGAUUUUUGUGGACAGGCGUAGCUAUGAUCUGCAGAAUGAGUGGAAAAGUGACGAUUUCAAGGACCUGCAGAAAGUGGAGAGCGAGGGCGAGAAGAAUGUUCUGGUGGCUGUGAGCUUUACACUACAGGAUGGUGAAGGGAAAGAAGAGGAGUUGUCGAAGUGGUACGAAGAUGAACACGUAGCGCUGCUGCAGCAGGUCCCUGGCUGGAGGAGGACGAGGAGGUUUGUGACGAGUUACCUGGAUCUCGAGAGCGGACAUAAGACUGAGAAGGAGUUUGUUGCGCUCCAUGAAUAUGCGCCGCAGAACGGACUGGGAGGCCCAGAGUUCCGUAAGGCGCUUAGCACCGAAUGGGCCGGUAGGAUCAUGAAAGAUGUCGUAAAGGGGAGGAACAGGAGGGUAUAUGACUUGUACUAUACAUUUGGACCUGCGUCGCGCGACCUGAAGAGUCUCACCUCAGCUGAUGCCCUGUCAACAGAGUUCGUCCAAGGCCUAACAAAGACACAUCCCGCACACAAGACACCAGAGAAGAGGCCAGUGAUCGAAAGCUUCGUCACGACCCCGGAUGGCGUGCAGCUUCCUUAUCGACUAGAAGGUUCUGACGAUCCGAAUCCGCCAUUACUAGUUCUUUCCAACAGCAUACUCGUUGAUUACGGCAUCUGGGACGAUUUCGUAAGCCACUUUUUGCAAAUCACCAACAGCCAGUACCGCAUCCUACGAUACAACACACGAGGCCGCAACGCCCUCCCUCCUAAUUCCACCGCACCAGUCACAAUCGACACGCUCACCAAAGACGUCAUCACCCUCCUCGAUGCCCUCCGCGUCAAGAAAGCGUCGAUAGUCGGCGUCUCACUCGGCGGCGCGACAGCGCUCAAUAUCGGACUCUCACAUCCAAACCGUAUCGAAGCUUUCGUAGGCUGCGACACGAAUGCCUUCGCGCCCGCAUCGAAUGCCAGUGCGUGGACCGAGCGUGUCAAAGUGUGCGAGAAGGAAGGCGCCAAGUCUUCCUCUGGGGAGCCCAUCGUCGGCGAGGAGUUGGCUGAAGUUACCGUGCGGAGAUGGUUUGUCAAGGAGUCGUAUGACGACGCUACGUUGGCGGAGAAGAUCGAAAAAGUGAAAGGUUUCGUCAAGUCCAACUCGCUGCCUGGCUUUAGGGAUAGUGCGACUGCGCUGCAUCAGUAUGAUAUUAGGGAGAAGAUGGGGAGUUACAAGGGCAAGGGAGUGUUCUUGGUGGGUGCGGGUGAUGGCGUGCUUCCCAAGACUAUGAAGGAGAAUAUGGCAGAUAAGCUGGGUAGUGGUGUGGAGCUAAAGGUUGUGGAGGGCGCAGGACAUUUACCGAUGGUAGAGAAGCCAGAGGAGGUUGCACGAUUUGUUGCUCAUUUUCUAAAGGGAUAAGACGUUUCUGCAUAUGCUGAGAUCUCGACUAUAUAAGUCGUAUGAGAUGACGCGUAGCAACGCAAAACCCCGUUUCGCGCUGCUAUUGUGCGGCCGAAUAUAAAGAUCCUUUGAUCAAUUCCAUUUCUCUCCACCACUGGGAAAGUUCCCGUCUCAU